AUGACUGGCAUUGAAACUAACGACAAGUACACUCCAGCUCCUCCGAAAGCUACUCUCGGUCAAACCAACCUUCUACUAUUUCAACUACAAUACCACACCACCCUUACCAUCAUCGUCAACUACAACAACAAGAGCGGAGGCGGCGGAGAUCACAACAGCAACAGUGCAGCUACGGACAAGAAAGAAAGCUCCACGCUUACUGAAACAUCAGUCCCAUCUCAACAACAUCCAGCUCAACCUGGAAGUCAACCCAAGACUGAGGCUCCAGUAAGAGGCCAAAAGCUUAUUCACUCCAGCCAGAACACAAUGUUUUAUGCAAUCCCCAUCUCCCGCUACUUCAAACCGCCACGUUCUUCCAGCUAUGACCCAUGCUCUAACUACACCGCUCUUAAUGAAUUCUGGAGAGACAUAAAGCCAAACUUUUACAGCCUUUCCUAUACUACACAUGAUGACACCCUUGUUGAAUGGAGUGGCUGGUAUCGGCUGUAUCUGAAUGGACAAAGUGCCCAGAUGUCUGAGUGGUGUGUGAGCGCUACACACUGUGGUGGAGAAACUGGACUGUCUCUCAAUGGUUCUCAUCCCAGACUUGAGGAAGGAAUCGUGACCCGUAAAGUGGUGGGAACUAAUGAUUGGUGGUGGACAUGGUCAUCUUCCUCUUGUGGCAGCUAUAAAUCUAAAUCCAUUAGAGUCAAAGCUUGUCCAGGAGAUUACUACGUCUAUGAAUUUGUCAAACCUAAUACUACAAUCCCCAAGCCAAUGUAUUGUGCAGUUGCAUACCAAAACAUCACCAGUGACCCCUGCAACAACUAUCAGUAUCUGGAUCGUCCCUGGAGAGGCAACAAUGAAAGUGGAGAUGGCAUUUGUGAUAGAGGUUUCACAUGGAAUGGCUGGUACCGGCUCUUCUACUAUGGAAUGGACAUCCAGAUCCCAGAAACCUGCGUUCUUUCUGACAGAUGUAACACCUACAUCACUCUGACACUCAAUGGUCCUCACCCUCAGAUUGAGGAUGGAGUGGUGAUCAGGCAGGUCUGUGGAGCAGCUUACGACACUCGCUGCUGUGUCUACAAACCGAAGCCCAUCAGAGUGAAAGCAUGUCCGGGGAAUUACUAUGUCUAUGAACUUGUGAACCCAGACGUUUGGUGUGCAGGAUACUGCACAAAUAUUAGCACCAUUUCACAGCCGGCCACCACUAUAAGUCCAGUUUUAACCACUCUAUCCAGCAACAACCAGAAUUAUGACCCGUGCACUAACUACAAAACCAUCAACGACUACUGGAGAAAUGUAAUUGGUUAUGGGCAUACAAAUGGUCUCAAUGCUGAUUAUGAUGACACUCAUGGUAACUGGGAUGGCUGGUAUCGACUCUACCUUAAUGGGUUGAGCGCUCAGAUGCCUGAAUGGUGCGUGUCUAACAUGGCAUGUGGAGGUUUUAGUUCUCUCUGGCUUGGUGGAUCUCAUCCUCAGGUAGCAGAUGGAGUUGUUACUCGUGACAUUUACGGCUCCCACUUUGAGCAGUGCAGUUACUAUAGAUCUGACCCAAUCCAAGUCAAAGCAUGUCCUGGUAAAUAUUACGUCUACAAAUUUACCAAACCUCGACUUUCAAUCCCAGCUCCCGUAUAUUGUGCAGUCCGUUUCACCCCUCCAAGUGUCGACCCCUGCAACAACUAUAACAGUCUGAAUGACACUUGGAGAGCAACAAAUGUUUCCCAUGACUGGAACAUUAGAAAUUGUGAUAAUUUCCAGGGCUGGUACAGACUGUUUUAUAAUGGUCAGAGUGCUCAGAUGUCAGAAUCCUGCGUUAAUCAGUGUGGCACUCUUUUCCCAAUGUGGCUCAACGGCUCUCAUCCGCAGCUGGAAGAUGGAGUGUCAAGGCUUGUCCAGGAAAUUACUAUGUUUAUGAGUUUGCCAAUCAAAUAUUUUGUGGAGCGUACUGUAUAUCACAAGACUUGGUGCAGCCUAUUUAACAACGGCAACAACACCAAGAACAUCAACCACAGCAAUAACAACGUCAACAACACCAAGAACAUCAACCACAGCAAUAACAACGUCAACAACACCAAGAACAUCAACCACAGCAAUAACAACGGCAACAACACCAAGAACAUCAACAGCCAUUACUCAUGUUACAGUCUCUUCAACCACAACUACAACAUCAAGAACACCAACCACAGCAACAACAUCAAGAACACCAACCACAGCAACAAGUACACAAACCACAGCAACAACAUCAGGUACACCAACCACAGCAACAACAAUAAGUACACAAGCCAUACCAACAACAGCAACUACAGCAACAACAUCAAGAACACCAUCCAUAGCAACAACAGGACCCAGAGCAACAUCAUUAAGAACACAAACGACACUACCAACAAGGUAAUGUUUGUAAUUUUAUUUCCCACCUUAGGUGCUAUGGAUCCCUGUUCUGAAAUCAGUUGCUCUGAGGAUGAACACUGUGGGGAAAAACAUGGCGUUUAUGGCUGUUUAUGUGACACACAUCAUAACGAAUCACAUUCUGACUCUUUUGAUUUCUCAGAAAGCUGUGAAAGCAGCUCCGGCUUCAUGUCUGUGUCUCGCUGUCAGCUCUUUGAGGCUGGUUUUCCAGCUGAUACCCUACAUCUGAAUGAUCCCAGCUGCAGAGGAACCGUCCGCAACGGCAGAGUGGAGUUUCAGUUUGAUAACGAUGAACACAUCUGUGGGACAAAAGUUGUGGCCAAUGGCACACACUUCAUCUAUGAUAACUGUAUUCUGGGGACACCGAGGUUAGAAGGCUUCAUCAGCAGAGAGAAAGCUCUGAAGCUUUCUUUCAGCUGUGCUUACCCGCAAGCACAAACUCUUUCCAUGAAUGUGGAAAUCAACCCACUGGAGAGCAUUGUGCACAAGAGUCUUCCAGCGGGUGAAGGGAGAUACCGUGUUCGGAUGAUCCCUUAUCAGGAUGAUGAGUUCACACAGCCCUCCAAUGGAAGUGUGGAGGCAGAGCUGGACCAGGAGAUGCAUGUGGAGAUUCGUGCGGAGGGGGUCGACAGCCGCCAGUUUGCCCUGGUGAUGGACACGUGUUGGGCUACACCUGUGAAUGAUCCCGACUACAGUCUCCGCUGGGAUCUCAUCAUUCAUGAAUGUCCCAAUCCGGCUGAUGAAACAGUGGAUCUGCUGCAGAACGGCGUCUCAAUAUCCAGCCGUUUCUCCUUCAGGAUGUUCGUCUUCAAUGCAAACUCCAGCAGGCUUUACCUGCACUGUGCUGUUCACCUGUGCCUUCUGUCCAGCGACCACUGCGCACCGAGCUGUAACUCUGAGCCGCACAGGAGAGAGCGCAGGUCUCUGGAUCUUCACGACAGCACUUCCAUAUCCAUGGGUCCUCUAAUGCUGUCUGGAAGAAGAACAGAUCAGUGGGUGCCAGAAAAAGUGAUGGAGUCUGAGGCGUCUGGUCUUUGUGCUUCACUGAUGGCUCUGCUGGUUCCUCUCAUCAGUGUCUUCAUCAUCUUUUAGAGAAUUAUGACUGUAUAAUCUUAUAUUAAUGAAUGUGGCAUGGGAGCCAAACAGAUUGUGGGUUUCUAAAUGUGUGAUUUUUUUAUUGUAUUAUUGUCACAGCAGUUUUAUUUUGGGUCAUAAAUAUAAUUAUUAUUUCAUCAGUUAUAUACUAUCAUUAAUCACAUUUUACAAGUGAAAAUAACAACUCAUGUUUACUAGAGUCAUGCGAAAAACAAAAAAGACUCACUCCUGUUCUGUAAUCCCUCUUUAGUUUAAUUAAUCUUUAAUAAACUAAUAUGUUUGUGUAGCAGUUGAUGGAAGUGUUUCUGUAAAAGCCCGACUCACAGCAUGUCGCUACAAUAAUAUUGUGCAUUGAUGAUCAAACUGCUUUACUACAGUAUACACUGCAUUUCGAAU